CCGGCGAGUUCGUGUGUGCGACGAGUGCUUCUCCGUCCAGGCAGAGUUGGCUUCCCUCGUGGCUUCGCUCCCCUCGCGCUGGAGGAGCAGGACGGAGGGAGAGGCAGCCGAGUGAUUUCCUUGAGCAUCAUUGGAGAGGGCCUUCGCUUAGGGGAAUUCUGCUCAACCGGACGAGAGGUGGGGGCAGAGUGAGGGAACUCAGGAAGGACUAUGUCGUGGGUUUCCAGAGGGUUUGACAUCGUCCCUUGGGGGUCGAGGGGAUUAUGGAAGAUUAUUGAAGAUUUGUGGUCGAAAUGUGACAUUCAUACAAGGAAC